AACGCUUGUAUCUCUGCAAUAUAUAAACCUCUUGUGUUUGCCCAAGACUCUACAACCCAGGAAUCGAUCAUGUUUGCGUGCCCACUGUGCAAUGUUUUACGUAUGGACAAGAAGGAAGUAACUGUUUAAUCCCAGAUAUCGUAUACCCCUGCAUGACAAGCACGACGACACACUAACGCUGGCCCUCGCACCGGCGACAUGAGCCACUUAGACGACGACGAACUUGCUGUAUAUACCAAGGCGUUUCACGACUUUGACGCCAACCAUGAUGGCUACAUGACGUUGUCCGAGUUCUCACGAGCGUGUGUAGCCCUGGGCUUUACCUAUGGCGAGGAGACGAUACAGACCCUGUUCUGUGAAAUGGACGCCGACAAGAACGAGAAAGUGACACUGGAGGAGUUUCUGGCCUUCAUGGGUCCCGACAGCGAGGAGAAGUUAAUGGCCAGUGUCAGGCGGAUAUUCAAUGAAUAUGAUACAAACAAAGAUGGCUUCCUAACAGCAGACGAGAUCCAGAGCGCUUGGUUCUCGGGGGAACGUGGAACAAAGAGACUUUCGAAGAGUGAGGUUGCAGAACUUAUGGCACCGGUAGACAUCAAUGGAGACGGCAAACUGAACUACGAAGAAUUUCUCCAACUGGUGUUGUCGGCAAUGGGAAAUGAUGAUAGCAAAACGUUUGACAAAGUCUGAAUUAUGUACACUAGCUCGUUCUCAGCAGAAUAGGCCAUUUGUUGAAUUUUGUACAUAUAUUUGUUAUGUUCAUAAGAUCAGCAUUAGCAUCACAAUUAUGUCGAUAAGGACCAAUAACUAAAAUCUAUCUCCCACUUGAUUCUUGUCCAAACUCUUCGUGACAUUUAACCACCAAACCUGUAUAAAACAUAACUCUGCGUAAAGCGUUCUUUUUUCCUGAAA